UCAUCAGCAGUUUCUUGAUGUUUGGAAAGUUCUGAGACCCACCCUGUUGGACUACUUGUGCCUAAGACUACAAAAACGUACAUGUGAAAGAACCUCUCUUCCUUCUUCCACCGAAGGAAGCGUCUAUCACAGCACUGUGGAAACGCCGUGCAGGCCUUGCAAGGCAGGAGAACAGUUUGUGCUUCCCUUGACGCUCGUGCGCAAUCUCUGCUUCUUAUGCACUCCAGCACCCCUAUCAGCUCCUUGUUCUCCUUCACCAGCCCCGCAGUGAAAAGGCUGCUGGGCUGGAAACAAGGAGAUGAAGAAGAAAAGUGGGCAGAAAAAGCUGUUGAUUCCUUGGUGAAGAAGUUAAAGAAGAAAAAAGGAGCCAUGGAAGAACUGGAGAGGGCUCUGAGCUGCCCGGGUCAGCCCAGUAAAUGCGUCACGAUCCCACGUUCCUUGGACGGGCGGCUGCAGGUGUCUCACCGCAAGGGGCUUCCCCACGUCAUAUACUGCAGAGUGUGGCGCUGGCCUGACUUACAGUCUCACCAUGAGCUGAAACCACUGGAAUGUUGUGAGUUCCCUUUUGGCUCAAAACAGAAAGAAGUGUGCAUCAACCCCUACCAUUACCGGAGGGUGGAAACCCCAGUCCUACCUCCUGUACUUGUUCCAAGACACAGUGAAUUUAACCCUCACCUCAGCCUCCUUGCCAAGUUUCGAAACACUUCUCUGCACAGCGAGCCACUGAUGCCGCACAAUGCCACUUACCCGGAUUCCUUCCAGCACCCUCCGUGCACCCCUUUCCCUUCAUCCCCCAGCCACAUGUUCUCCCAGUCACCCAACAGCAUCAGCUACCCCAACUCACCAGAAAGCUCUUCUGGACCAGGAAGUCCCUAUCAGCUCACAGUGGAAACUCCACCUCCGCCCUACCAUGCAAGAGAACCUCCAGGAAUCCACAAUGGACGGUCAAUGGAUGCAAUAGCUGAAAGUCAGCUAGUGCUGUCUUUGCCCAAUGGAGGUAAAUCUGCCGAUGGAGAAGCUGAAAACUUUCGGCCUGUUUGUUAUGAGGAACCCCAACAUUGGUGCUCAGUUGCCUACUAUGAACUCAACAACCGAGUAGGGGAGACUUUCCAGGCCUCCUCUCGAAGUAUCCUUAUAGAUGGAUUUACAGAUCCUUCAAAUAACAAAAACAGGUUCUGCCUGGGUCUGCUCUCAAAUGUAAACCGCAAUUCUACUAUAGAAAACACCAGGAGACACAUAGGAAAAGGUGUUCAUCUUUACUACGUUGGUGGAGAGGUUUAUGCUGAAUGUGUCAGUGACAGCAGUAUUUUUGUGCAAAGCCGCAACUGUAACUACCAGCACGGUUUCCAUCCUGCCACGGUCUGCAAGAUCCCCAGUGGCUGCAGCCUCAAGAUCUUCAACAACCAGCUCUUUGCCCAGCUUCUUGCCCAGUCAGUCAAUCAUGGUUUUGAAGUGGUGUAUGAGCUGACCAAGAUGUGUACGAUUCGAAUGAGCUUUGUUAAAGGCUGGGGAGCAGAGUAUCAUCGCCAAGAUGUUACAAGCACACCCUGCUGGAUUGAGAUCCAUCUGCAUGGACCAUUGCAAUGGCUGGAUAAGGUGCUGACACAGAUGGGCUCACCUCACAACCCCAUCUCCUCAGUCUCUUAAGAAUCAUCUCUAGAAUUCCCUUAGGAUGGAUGCUAUUGCAGGCAGUGGCUUAUAGAAUUCCCAUGAACAGAAGCUUCUAUAUGUAGAUGUAUGUAGAUGUAAAUAUAUCUAUACAUAGUCUACUCUCUUUUUUAAUUUUUUUUUCAUUUUGUGGUUUCUAGUUACUCUGAUGCCAGUACAAUAAGUUUAGAAAGUCGGGUAUAGCAUAUCUGUUCUCUAGUACAAAAUAAGCCAAAUUCCUGCAAAAGUGUCAAACAUUUCCUGUGAGCAUUUUCAUUCCCCAGCCAAGCCAGUAAAUGGUGCAAAUUCCCAGCACUUCCACGUGGGUUCAGAAACCUGUCUGUCACUGCUCCUAGUAGGUGAAAUUCACCCUUCUGCAGGCAACCAAAAUCAGAUCUCUGUGCCAUUUAAAUUCAUCUUACAUCCUGAUUUCAAGUCCAGAAGAGGACCUGAGGUGGUGCACAGGACUUAUGCAUAGAGGUGACUUUUAUCUAGGGAACUGAAGGACUAAACUGCCAUUCCAGUCUGUCUCCCUACUGCAAAGCACGAUGGGACAACAAAUCCUCUGAAGUGCUGGAUGCACACUGUCUCUCCUGGGAUUUGGCAGGAGAAGGGAGCAUGUUCAGCACACGAACCUUAUCUCAGAUCAUUCUGGACAAUCUGAGUAGUCUGAUACUGCUAACAUAGUAGGGUAUGGUACUGCUGCACUGAAAAGCAACAAGCUCCUAAGAAAAAAAAUAAUAAUUUAAAUAUAUGCCCAUGAGUUAAAAAAAAUUAAUUAACUUCCAGUGCUUUUUUGCAAAGUAGAUACAUACUUGCAUAUGUGUCGGGUGUGUAAACUAAAUCUGUUCAUUCUACAGUAUUGAUGUAGCUUGUUUUAAGAUUAGGACUGUCUGUAUUUAGACUGCUGUGCUGAUAUCAAGGUACUCCUAAAAGGGAUUUGAACUGUGAUUCAGAAAAGGGACAUUAAUUGUGCAUUGAAGAAGCAAAUCAUUACUUUAUCAUUCAUCUUGGGAACAGAAAGCCCCACACUCAAAGGAUGCAAUGAGAAGGAGAUGGGAGCCACGUCCAUCCCCUGUAUUGGGCCAGUCCUCGGGAUCUGACAGCAUUGCUCAGGUCUGACUGAGAGGGCUUCCCUGCCAGUCACUCCAUACAUCCCUCUGGAUGGUUUCUCAUCUUAGGUACACGCUUCUUCAUUUGCUGAGCUUUUGCCUUGCCUGCAGAGGAUGGUGAGGCAUGGUGGAGCCAUGAACAAGUAAAGAGUGAAUCUAUGUGAACAA